AAUCGCAUGUGGUGAACAAGCGAGUGUAAUAAUAACUAUUUUUCACGGCAGAUCCUGUACAAUGUGUUGCAUCUAAAUCAUAUCAUAAUUGACAUAUUUAUCAGCAACGUUCAAGUUACAGAAAUUUGUUCAUACAAAAAUGUUUACAUACUUUGAUUAAUUAUUAAAUGCUGUAACUCUUGUCAAUUUGAAAGAUUUGAUUUGUUCCAAUAUGUCAACACUUCAGAAAGCAAUUGAUUUAGUGACCAGAGCUACUGAAGAAGAUAAAAAAAAAAAUUAUGAUGAAGCUUUAAGGCUAUAUGAACACGGUGUAGAAUAUUUUCUUCAUGCUAUCAAAUAUGAAGCACAGAGUGAUAAGGCAAAAGAAAGCAUUCGAGCGAAAUGUGCCCAGUACUUAGAAAGAGCAGAAAAGCUCAAAAAAUAUCUCAAAGAAAAACAGAAAUCAAAGAAACCUGUUAAAGAUUCUGAGGGGGGUACAAAAACCAAAAAAGAAAAUGAUGACAACAAUAAUAGUGAUAGUGAUGAAGAUCCAGAUAAGAAAAAGCUUUUGAAUCAACUAGAGGGAGCCAUUGUGAUAGAGAAGCCCAAUGUAAAAUGGUCUGAUGUGGCUGGUUUAGAAGGAGCUAAAGAAGCUCUGAAAGAAGCUGUUAUAUUACCAAUUAAAUUUCCACACUUGUUUACUGGCAAAAGAAAACCUUGGAAGGGAAUUUUGUUGUUUGGUCCUCCUGGAACAGGAAAAUCUUUCCUUGCUAAGGCUGUUGCUACUGAAGCCAACAAUUCAACAUUUUUCUCAGUUUCUUCUUCCCAUCUAGUUUCAAAAUGGCUCGGCGAAAGUGAAAAAUUAGUUAAAAAUCUGUUUGAAAUGGGACGACAACAGAAACCAAGUAUUAUCUUUAUUGAUGAAAUAGAUUCAUUAUGUAGUUCUCGUUCUGACAAUGAAUCUGAGUCUGCAAGACGAAUAAAAACUGAAUUCCUAGUACAGAUGCAAGGUGUGGGUACAGAUAAUGAUGGAAUACUUGUUUUAGGAGCUACGAAUAUACCAUGGGUAUUAGAUGCUGCUAUUCGUAGAAGAUUUGAAAAGAGAAUAUACAUUCCAUUACCUGAAGAAAUAGCAAGAGCGGCUAUAUUCAAAUUAAGCAUUGGAAAUACUCCGAAUUCUUUAAAUGAAGAGAAUAUUAAAGAGCUUGCCAAAAAGACAGAAGGCUAUUCAGGAGCUGAUAUAUCUGUUCUGGUCCGAGAUUCUCUAAUGCAGCCUGUGAGAAAGGUCCAGACUGCAACUCAUUUUAAAAGGGUGACUGGACCUUCUCGUUCGGAUCCAAAUAUCAUAGUGGAUGAUCUUUGGACUCCUUGUUCCCCUGGUGAUCCUAAUGGAGUAGAAAUGACAUGGGUUCAAGUUCCUGGAGAUAAAUUACUUGAGCCUAUUGUUACUAUGGCUGAUAUGCUAUUAUCAUUGGCAAAUUCUAAGCCCACAGUAAAUGACACUGACUUAAUAAAACUCAAAAAGUUUAUGGAUGAUUUUGGGCAAGAAGGCUAGAAACAUGUGGCCUUUAACAAAUUACUGUUCUACUACUGUAAAUUUUGAAGCAUGAUGACGUCCAUAAAAUGCUAAGCACUUAGUGUAAUUGGACAUUAUUACAAAAGUAUUCUGCAUUGGCAAAACCAACUGUUUCUAAAAGUGCUUUUUCAUUUUUACUGCAUGUAGAUAUUAACAGUUCUUAUUUUUUAAUCAGUCCAUUUAUUUUUGGUAGCUGUAUAAAAAUCUUGAAAGUAAAUUGUCAUCAUCCUGACUGCAAGGGACAAAAAAAAAAAAAAGUUUUAAAAUAAAAUACCAUAGAAUAUGAUAUAUUAAAUCACAGUUAUAUUUAAAUUCUAUGGAAGUAUUUCAUUUCUAUGUAUAUUUUAACAUUUAUUGAAAUUAGUUUCAAUUUGCUUGUCCCAUUGCCUGUGGGCCAUUUUCCAAUAUAUUGUUACAAGUUAAAUGUAACGAAAUGUGAUCAUGGUAAAUUAAGUUUUGUGAUUUUAUUGUUAAAUUUAUGAAGCAAAAAAUAAAUACUAGCCAUUUAUCUUUUAA